AUGACGGGGCUGAGGAAUUAUAAUGUUGUGAUCAAUCAUACCACAUAUGUAAUCAACCUCCUUUCUAUGGAGGAAAAGUACAACCACGCCUUGAGCAAAGCACUCGCGACCGUCGACCCUGAAAGAGCCACACUCACCGAUCGUACGUCGAAUUUUGACCUAAUUGUCUCUCCUGCGAACUCUUACGGCCGACUUGACGGUGGCUUUGACGAUGCCAUAUCACGGGCAUUCUGCCGCCCUCCAGAACACUCGUACGACACACUCACCAAGGCCGCGCAGGCUACUUUAUAUGCCAAAUGGCGGGGAUUUGCGCCUCCCGGCACGUGCACAAUUGUUCCGUUUCCACAAGAGCUCCUCAAGGCCGACGGCUCCGGCGACAACAAAUGGGGGUGUAAGUGGGUUGCAAUUUGUCCGACAAUGAGGACGCCAGAUGAUGUGCGCUGGGAUAGGGAGGUUGUGUACGAGUGCGUAUGGAGCUUACUUUGUGCUGUUGAGGGCUGGAAUCGAGACCUGGACGAAAAUCAAACUGGCGAGCAGCGGAUUCGAAGCAUCCUCGUUACGCCUAUGGCAACUGGGUGUGGGAAGGUGAGCCCCGAACGCUGGGCGGCGCAGUUCGUGCUUGCCAUUAAGCACUUUGUGGAUGCAGUCGAGAACCCAGAAAGAUGGAGGAAUUUGGGCUGGAAGGAGAUUUAUGACGAUAUGUUGGAAGUACAGCGGACCUGGAAGGUAGAUGGUAACAGCAAAUCUUAG